AUUAAGCUUCCGGCUGAAGGACAUGUAUCCAUGACUAGGAAUAAAUUAAAAAGAAAAUAUUGUCAGUGUCAUAUUUGACAUAUGUAUGAUAGGUAAUUUGUUUACGUUACGAUUUCCAAUUAAAUCGUUCUUCCACGAUAUUUCGCAAUACUUUUAUACACUGACACAGAGAUAAAUAUCAAAAUAACGCUAACGAUUGACGAACACAAAUAUUAACCAUGGAGAACCUGAAAAACAUAUGGAAACCCGAACUUUAUCGCAUACAAAUGGAGGCGCCGUUGCCUAAGCGAGUGGCUUGCGAUAAUUGUCCUGACCGACCUGAAUUUUAUGGGAAGGAAUAUCACGGAAUAAUGGGGCACAAAGAAGCGACGCUGUUGCUUGAAAAUGAACCGAACGGAGCUUUUUUAAUCAGAAAAGGGAAACAGAGUAAUGAUUUCUAUACUCUAACUUGGAGGUUCAAUGAUAAAAUCCAUCAUUAUAAACUUUACUAUGAUGGUACUCACUAUCUAAAAGAGAAGAGAUACGAUACUGUCUAUGACUUGGUCGCAGACGGCUUGAUCGCAUGUCACAUGGAGAUUAAAGCCCAUCAUAUCUUAGAGAUGAUCAACUCUAGAACUAAUUAUACUGAAAGUCCAUAUGUAACACUGAACAGGAGGAAAUUGAACACAUUGUCUAAGAUACAGCAAGCAUCAAAUAGAUCCAGUCCAAUCAUAAACAGAAUUGACUGUAAAGACAUUGACAUAGACCCCAAAAAGCCACCAUUCAAUCUCACACCAAUGAUUGAGGACAAUCCAUUGGUGAUCAAGUAUUCCAAGUCACAUGGGUUUAAAGUGCACACAUUUAAGGGUCUAAAUUGGUGUGAACUUUGUGCGAACUUCUUGUGGGGAUUUACAGCGCAAGGAGUGAAAUGUGAAGAUUGUGGCUUUAUAGCUCACAUAAAAUGCUCAGAGCGAGUGCCAAAUCAAUGUGUUCCGGAUCUAAAGAAAUUGCGAGGCGUUUUUGGUAUCGACCUCACCACGUUAUUGAACGCACACUCUAGCACUCUGCCAUUUGUGGUGAGGAAGUGUGUGAACGAAAUAGAGAAUAGGGGAAUGGACUCCGAAGGCAUAUACAGGGUGUCCGGAUUUGCUGACGAGAUUGAGGCUUUGAAACUGGCUUUUGAUAGAGAUGGCGAGGCAACAGAUCUCAGUGUGUACAGUAAUAUCAACGUAGUGGCGGGCACACUGAAACUGUACUUGCGGUUGUUACCAGUGCCACUUAUAACUUACGAGGUGCACCCAGUGUUGGUGCAAGCCAUACAAGCUAAAACGACAGAGCAACAGAUGAUAAUGUUGCGUGAGUGCUUGGAUCUGUUACCGCCGGCACAUUUCAACUGUCUCCAGUACAUGGUGCAGCAUUUACACAGAGUCUCUCUACAAGCGGAAGUAAACAAAAUGAGUGCACACAACUUGAGCACGGUGUUUGCGCCAACGUUGGUCGCCACUCCGCCAGCCAUCACCGACUUGGCGUUCGAAAUACGCGCUCUACAGGUGCUCAUAGAAUACUGCCCGCAGAUAUAUUACGGCAAUCAAUAGAAUCUUGAUUACUAUAAUUACAAUAUAUUAUGGUAAUUGAUAAGGAGACUUGAUUAUGAUUAGUGCUAACAACAAGUGCGUGAAUGAUGGCACGAAUGUACACGAAUCCUUUAGCGAGUAUGAAUUAGCAAGAAAACUUGCAGUCCGCAAAUAAUUUUUUGUCUGUAAACAAUCAGGAUAAGCCGACUUCUGCAAAUCUUGCAGUUUGCAGGACAUGCGGCAAGUCGAAUGUGUAUAGAUUUAUGAAAAUAUCUAUCAUGUGUGUCUAGAAGUUCUUGAUCAAUAUAUUCCUGCAAGAACUUGCUAGUCUAAACUUAGCAUUGCAAUGUCGCAGGAGUCUCACUGUUAAAAAGCUAGUAGGCAUUAGGUAAUUUCAUGAAGUUCACUUCCCAAGAAAACCCAGAAGCGCGCAGGAGUUUGUUACUACAGUGGGUUUGUUUAUUAAGUUGAAAAUGUUUUCAUGUGCCAAACUAAGAACUUUUUUAGCCAACCACGGCGAAGGAAAAGCAUUGAUUGUGACUUCUGGAUAGCUUUGUUAGUUUAUUUGAGAAAAAAUAAUGUGUUUCAAAUUUUGAAACAGUUUUACCAGGAUUAAAGACACGCUUUAUAUUUUCCCGGGAUAAAAUGGAGCCUAUAUUUUAAGUAAGCCUCUAGCAAUGCAUCGGUGAAAACUGCAUUCAAUUCCUUGCAGUACUUUUUGCGUGUUGCGUGUACAUGCAUACAGACACAUAUAAAUUCUAAAAACUGUUGUUUUGGCUUCUGAUGCUCUAAUAAAGAAUCCUAUAUUAGGCUUUCUUCAAUAUCAAUAAUGUUCAGAUAUCGGCCAGUUACAAUUUAAUUAUAUGUAAAGAUCCUAAAGAUAUCCAUUGAUAUAUAAGUUUUGCUGGACAAAAAUAACUUAAAAUGAUUCAUAAGACUAAGCCCAUAUGUAUAAAAACCACGUGCACAACUAUAAAGGGUGCUACAAAACUGCCAGUUAUGUGUCAACAAAUAUUGUAGUAUUUAUAUUUUUGUUAGGUUUAUUUUUCAUGUUUUAUAUGAUUACAUGAAUAUCCAAGACUUAAUAUUUAUGAUCGGACGCAUUGCCAUAUUUUAAUACUAACAAUACUCAACAUAAGUUUUUUCUGAACAAAUUAGCACUUUUAGAAAAAUUUCAAUGUUGUUUUGUUUCGUAAACAAUUCACUGAUACAUAAAUAUAUAUAUAAACGAAUGACUAAAUAAUUAGUUUCAAUGCAUUCUCUAUGCAAAUGUAAAACUAUUAUUACACACUGCCAUGAACUAAAUAUUUGAAUACAUUUUGAAUUUAUUUCGGUCGCACUUAUUGUGCUGUAUAUAUAAUUAUAAACGUAGAUCUUACUAAAUUAUUAAUAAGACUUACUUUGUAAACUCCUGAGAGGAGCUUAGGCUUCAAAAUUUUUAAAUGAUAUAACACUUUGAUUGAGGUAUAAAAAUAUACCAUAACAUUAAUUAAGCUACUAACUCUUAGAAAUGUAUUUAUUUAAAAAAUAGUUCUAAGGUAUUUUAUACCUUAAAAAUAACUUGUAUCAAUAUAAACCAUAGAACCUAGAAAUAUAGUUACUUCAUUGAUAUGAAUAGUUUCCAAUGCAGGAAAUAUAUUUGGUCCUUCGAGCCGGAUCAAAAUUGACUAAAUCGUUAUGUAUGCUUGAAAAUUAUGUUAAACAUGGUUUUAAUUUUCGUAGUUCAUAAGUGAAUUAAUAGUUUAAACUUUAAGUGAUACCAGAUUUCAAACUACUGUAGCUUGCACUAUCCAGUGUCCUUAAAAGGAAAAAAAAUAUUAGCAACAUUUUUUUUUUACCUUUUUACUUUUAUACUUAUUUUUAUACGUCAUGUCUCAAUAUUCUUUAGUUUAAUUAGUCACAAAUAUAAAAUAGCGUUUUUUUUUAAAAGAACGCCUAUAGUUAUUUAAUACAGUUGCUAUUUUUGGCUAUGAUUAUAUUUAUAAUCAAACUAACGCGUAUAUUAUUUUAGCGUGUUAAUUAUAGGAAUAACAAUUAAGUUAUGUCAAAGUAUUCCACGACGGAAUAGAACGUCAAAGCUGUACUGAUAUACUUUUUAUAUUAAGCUACUAAAUAUAAGUAUUUAAUUAUAAGUUAAAUCGCCUAAUCGCACUAAUGGCAAUGUGUAUAAACUGUGGACGGGGAAAUCCUAGAUUGAAUUCUCGGAUCCAGGCAAGACUUGGCUUUUUUUAAUAUGAUAUCCCUGGACUGAAAUUCGUAUUCACAAACAAUACUAAGAGGAGUCCAAGAGCGCCCAAAUGUAUUGUCGGGCUAUUUUACAGUUUUAUUUGUUUAGCUUUGUUUAUCUGACAGUCGACCAUGGGCGCCGACAGGGGAGUGUAAGUAGGUGCAUGUGCAACCUACCCAGAAAUAAAUCACAAAAAACAUAAGUCUGAAUAAAUCUGCAACAAUGGGAAUUAUCGACCAGAAGUUUUUUUCCGCGCGAUUUGAAUUUGAAAAAAAACUUAAUGAUUUUAUGUAGUAUAUGCAGUUGCACCUCCCUGAAACUAAUCUCGGUGGCGCUCAUGCAGCCGACUGAAGUAAUUACUAAAGUAAAUAUAGGAAGAAGUAUUUCAAUAUUAGCCAAUCUCAGCGUCCCAAAGCCUAUGCACUGCCAAAGCUGUGAUGCCGAAAGUACUGAAAUAGAUUUCCUAUUAUAGCAUUCCUUCGAACUUAGCUAAGUAACGUUUGUGAAUAUGGGCCUAUAUCUACCAGACUAAACUAGGGUUAGAUAGGUCAGUAGCAAAACAUUAGCCAAUUUUUUUCUGCAUUUAGAAAUGUGUUGGGUUGACCCCACAGAUGGUAUAAGAUCAGGUGGAAACACUUAUAUAUAAGAUUAGAAAUCUCACAAAUUACUCAUAAGUAUUACUGUAGCGUGCAAUAUUUGCUUUCGGUUUAAAAUCAUGGAAAUGUGAUAUCGGAAUGUCGAUCUUUCAAAAAGAAUAAUUUUAAUAUACUAGCCAUUCCAGGUUGUAACUUUAAGUUUUAAGUCACUAUUGUAGUAUUAUAAGUUGUUUUAUACUGAAUAAAAACACAUACUCUCAAAGAAA